AUGGAUGAUCCCGCGCCAGAUGUCAAGCCUACCCCCCGCGAGAUUACUCGUCAGGACAGCUCGGGCAAAGGCGCCUCGGCCGAGCUGAGUGAGCUGGACCUGGCACUUCAGACCUAUGUCCCCGAGUCUCUUGAGGAGAAGAAGCUUAGGCGCAAAGUCGACUUGUGGAUGAUUCCCAUGUUGUGGUGGAUGUGUGUCUUGUGCUACGUCGACCGCAACAAUAUUGGCAAUGCCAAUGCUGCAGGCAUGAGCACCGACCUGGGCCUUAACAGUUCUCAAUACGCCAUGCUCAUCUCCAUCUUCUUCAUCGCCUACCUGAUAAUGGAGACACCGUCGAACCUGAUCCUGACGCGUGUCCGACCUUCUUUCUAUGUCCCGCUGACAAUGGUCCUCUGGGGCACCAUCACCGCGGCCAUGUCGCAAGUUCGCAAUUACACAGACAUCCUAGUGGCCCGCUUCUUCUUGGGCGCCAUCGAGGCUGGCUUCUUCCCCGGCGUCAUGUACAUCAUGUCGGCCUGGUACAAGAGAUCAGAGAUUGGAAAGCGGUUCUCUCUCUUCUUCACGGCCCUUUGUUUCGCAGGCGCCGUCAGUGGCCUGAUCUCCGGCGCAGUCAUCUCCGGUCUCGAAGGAAAGCACGGCAUGCAGGGCUGGAGAUGGCUCUUCCUGAUCGAGGGCGUCAUCACCGUCUUCUUCGGCUUCGUCGCCAAGUUCGUGCUCUUUGACUAUCCCGAGAAUACCAAGCGCCUGUCAGCGGAGGAGCGUCAGCUAGCCAUUGUGCGCAUGAUGCACGAUCGCCAGGCCACGGCCGUCCUGCAGACGGCCAGGCUUGGGCCCUUAGCCGCUAUCCGGGCCGCCGCCUGCGAUCUGCGCACCUACGUCUUCGUCGUGCUCUACAUGCUGGACAACGGCUCGACUACCAUCUCGUACUUUAUCCCGACCGUCCUCAAGAGCAUGGGCUACACGGGCACCACGGUGCAGUGGAUGACGAUACCCGUAUGGGCCGUUGCCACUGUCUUCCUGAUUGUCGUGCCCCAGGUGGCCGACAGGCUGGGCGACCGCCGGUGGUCCAUCACGGCGGGCCUCACCAUGUCGUUUGUCAGCGCCAUCGUCUUGUUCCAGGUCCAGCACAACAUCACGCGCUACGUGUUUCUGUGCUUCUACAUCUCGGGCCUGUACUUCACCCUGCCGCUCAUCAUGACGUGGGCCUCGACGCUGAUGCCCUUGCCCGCCGAGAAGCGCGCCGUCGUCAUCGCGCUGACCAACAGCAUUGGCAAUUUGUCGGCUGUCUACGGAAGCCAGCUGUGGCCCGCCACCCAUGCACCUACCUACGCCACUGGCUUCACCUCAGUCGCCUGCUUCACUGGCAUCGGCGCCCUGAUCGCCGCCGUGGCGCCGUAUCUCUUCAAAGUGCUGCCGCGGUUCCCCUCCAAGGAGGAGAAGGAGGUCCUCGAGGCGCAGCGGAGGGCGCAGGAGGAGCUGGAGGAGUAA